AUGGAGGAACAAAAGGAAAUUCUUGGGGAAUAUGUCAACAACAUCUUAUCUUAUUACAAAAAUGAGGAAUUUCCGAAUAUUUGGUAUCCCUUGUUUUAUUAUGGCCAUACGGAGGCACGUAAUCGGUUUGCGUGGAUAAAAGAAAACGAGAAGAAGUUUUUAAACAAUACAAGAAACGAGAUAUUGUUCAAUCGAUGGUAUUGUUCUGAAUUGGGUGCCAUAACGGCUUUGACCUACUCUCCUAACGGUGACCAUAUUAUUGUUGGCCACGCGUCAGGGAUGAUACAGAUGCGGCAUGGCAGUACGGGUGUAGUCCUUUUUACAUUACGUAACAUCCAGUUCCCGCCAAAACCUGUGUAUGCUCUCAGAUAUAGUCGUGUAGAAGAUAGAGUGUGCUAUGCGGCUUGCACUGAUGGAGCGGUGUACCGAAUAGAAAUACCUAAUGUUAGUGCCUAUGUAUUUAAAUUGCUAUGCCCUUCAGUAGAUGACCCUCCUGAAUACUGCAUUCGUGCAGAUCCCGCUUUAGAAUGCCUGAACACACAAUUUUAUGGGACCCCUGGAAUUUCUUCCUCGUCUACACCUUUCAUUACUCAAAGAUCUCCAGCUCUCUCUUUGGAUAUAACAGCUGAUCAGACGAAAAUUGUUGUUGGUUAUGCUGACACGUCCAUAAAAGUCUACGAUAUGGAAACUCAAGAGAUCUGGGAUAUAAGAUGUAAAGUCGGAUGCGUAAUGACUUUCGAAGGGGUCAAUAUAUGUAGUGAUAGCAUUGAUCUGAAUAGAGAUCACUGCAUUGCCGGAAGCUGGCAACCAACUGAGGCCCUUACAGUGUGGGACCUAGUUGCCAAGAGGCGUUUGCACGUCGUAAGAGUCCAGAACAGGCGUCCUGAUGUAGACGGUGAAUAUAUCUAUGCGUGUCGAUAUUGGAGAUCUAAAAGGUUCAAUCGUAAGGGCAAGUACGCCAUUAUAGGCGGCAGUGGAACCAAUUGUGUUGAAGUAAUCAACCUUCACAAUCGUUAUAUUGCUUGUUCCUACGAAGCUCCGGGCACAAUACUAGCAGUAACUAGCUAUGCGGACAAAAUAGCCUUUGGUGGGACGGCUCCAGUGCUAAAUAUUGUUAGCUUUCAUGACCCAAAACAUGAGAAAUACAAAUCUGAAGAACACUCCGAAUACGAUUUUAAUAUUAAAGAUUUUACUUGGUUCGAUGAAAUUGAACACACUCAUAGCUCCGUUCGAGUGCCCGACCAUCAGUCCCAAAUUAAUACGGUUUCAGCAGUCAACCAGCCGUUAUCAAUGACAAGCCAACGA